UGCUUUGUGGGGGUGAUUUGCUCCGGUUUUGGGUAAGAAACAGCUACCAAUCCCUCUGUUCUUGCUUGAAUUAACUUGGGUCUACCUUAAUUGCUCUUGGGUUCCUUUAAUUUUGGGUAGAUCCAUGAGUUUCUCCCCUGCACAUGCCGCCGGCCUCCUCCCCAAUCUGCACUCCGGUUUUGCUUGCUGGAUUUAUGGUUCCCGAUCGUUCUGUCAGUUAGCACUGAGAUUGAGUGCUCGGUUUUAUGCGAGUGAGGUAAGUAAAUUUAUGCCACUCGAAAGAAAAAAAAAGGGGAACCCAGCCAUGCUUGAGAAACUAAUGAGAAAGCUUGGAUUUCUCCUUCUUUUCUUGCUCUACAACACAUGUAGAACCCAGAAAUUCUUUCCCCCUGCUGGAAAAUCCGGAUCUGCCCUGCUUUGCUCUGUCCUUCCGCCGGCUGCUCCUGCUUUGUGGGGAUCCAUGAGUUUCUCCCCUGCACAUGCCGCCGGCCUCCUCCCCAAUCUGCACUCCGGUUUUGCUUGCUGGAUUUAUGGAUGUGAAAUCGAGGACGGGGAAACCACGGGAAGUGAUGAGUUAGAAAGCUAGCCAUUUCGGGAUUGAUAUAGAUUUUAGAUAUGAAUCAUGAUCUUGUAUUUGGAGAUUUUAUUUUAUUGAUCUUCAGAUUUUGAUGGUAUCAAAGUGUGAAUUUGAUAAGUUUCGAGCCUUGUGCAUUUGUGGGACCCGUCUCACGAAUGCACAGCGUUUUGUCACGCCUCGAAUUUGGGUUUUGGGGCGUGACAAGAAUUGUAUCCAAUCAUAUAAUUCAAAAUAAAAGAAGGGUAAGAAA